UGCAAAGACUUUGUGAAGGCUGGAGCAAUUCAAGGACAGACUCCGAGUGAUGUAGUUGCUGCAUCAGACAUCACGUUCAGUUGUGUAUCUGACCCACAAGCAGCCAAAGAAAUGGUAUUUGGCAACUGUGGAGUUUUAAGAGAAAUAAGGAGUAACAAGGGCUACGUUGAAAUGACUUCCAUAGAUUCUGAAACUUCUCAGGACAUAGCAGAAGCCAUUCAACUAAGAGGAGGACGUUACCUUGAAGCACCUGUAUCAGGGUCCAAAAAACCUGCAGAGGAAGGAAACUUGGUUAUAUUGGCUGCGGGCGAGAAGUCUUUGUUUGAAGAUUGUGGCAGUUGUUUUCAGGCAAUGGGAAAGCAGUCUUUCUUCUUAGGAGACAUUGGUAAUGCUUCCAAAAGUAAUCUCAUACUCAACAUGAUUUUGGGUACAACAGUUGGAUCAUUAGCCGAAGCCAUGGCCUUAACAGACAGAGCAGGGCUCUCGCAGAAAGAUCUAUUAGAAAUCUUAGAACUUGGAUCUCUCAGCUGUCCAGCAGUAACUGAAAAAGGCCAAGCUAUUGUUGAGGGAAGUUUUGGCACGAAUAUGCCGUUACAACAUAUGCAAAAAGAUCUACGUUUAGCAUUAGCUAUUGGAGAUCAGUUGGAGCAACCUUUACCUCUGGCUGCCACAGUUAAUGAGGUUUACAAACAUGCAAAAAGGUUUGGGUAUGGAGAACAUGAUGUUUCUGCUAUUUACCUUCGUGCUCGUUUCUGAAAAUACUCCGUUUAAUUGUUGACCGAAAUCUUUCUCCUUGUUUUGUGCAUCUUUACACAGUGUGGAACGGGUUUUAUGGUUUUUUUUACUGUUUUUAGUGGCAUUCCUACUUGUAAAGAAAAUCAUGGAGUUUCAUCCAUUCAUCAGAGAAGAAACAUUUCAUACAUUCAAUAUUGUGCCACAUUUGCCACUGUUCUUUACAAGACAUUUUAUAUGCAUGAUUAAAUGUGUAUAAUUAAUACCCAAUCUCACUGUCUAAUGCCUUUAACUGUUACUUGUAAUCAUGUUAAUUUUUUUUUAUAUUAUAAUAACCAUUAUAAUUUUAUUAUAAUUUCUAUCUGAAAUUGUGUUUGAUUCUUGUUUUAUUUUUAAUAUAUUAGAACAUGUCGGACAAAACUUAUCGUUAUUUUCCUGCACUGUGCAUCAGAAGUCUGGUAAAGUAAAUUAACAAGUCUUAUCAAAAAUCAUUAAAUAUUUAUGCUGCUGUGGUAUUUCCCUGAACAAUUAAACUUUUAAAUACUUAGGAGUAAACUUGGUAAAUUUUACAAAUUGGUUUUUCAUCUCGUGAAAUCUUAUUUUGAGCAUUUUUGCUUAUAUAGGCAAGUGUUGUGCACAUUCAUAAGUAACGGGAACUUGGAAAAGUAGAUUUUUACAUAAAAGGUUGUGUGUGUAUGUUUAUUUGCACGUGAUGUUCAGGAAAACAUUUUGAUAUUUCUGCAAUACUUACAAUGGAUAUCUGUUUGAUUCAGUCUUGAAAUAAUCUUUAUGAGUGUAGCAUUUCAUGAAAUCCCAGUUUACUACAAAUCAGACAGUAGUUGCUUUAAUGUAGGAAAAACAAACUUUAAUUUAUAAUUUCAUUCACUUACGAUUUGAAUAAUGUAGAAGUUUUCAUUAUUUCUAAAGUAAAAAUCAGAACAGCCAAAAAGACAAUUUAAAAGGCUAUGCAUUUAUUGUAUGUGACAUGCAUUGUUUGAUGUGAAGAGUACAUUUGUUUAUUUUAAUUGAAGUUUUAUGUCAUAUAAUUGUGUUUUAAGGAUCAAUAAUUUGUGUCCAGCAGUCUUAUAGUCAUGAUUGGUGAAAUGCGAGUUUUAUUUUUAAUAGUUCCAAUAUGAUAUCUAGAUGAGUUGAGUGUCAAAAAUUUGUUUUAUGAAAUCACAGAUAAUACAUAUCCGUUGAACCACAAAUGUCGAUUUAAUUUUUAAAAAAUUUAUUAUCCUCACACACAGUGUUCAGUGUUUAUUUUGAACUUAAUAAGAUGGUAAUUUUUUUAAUUAUGCACUAAUAUCUUGUAAAAGGUGAAAGUAAUUUUAUGUUUAAAACUUUACACCUAUGAUUAUUUAUUUUCACCUCAGAAUGAAAAAUCAUUGAUUUUCAGGACAUUUCACUAGUUUUGUAGCUUAUCAUGCCUAAGUAUAUAAAACAGUUAUUUUAUACCAUAAAUGUCAUUAGUAAAUGCUCCAACUGUUUUCAGUUUUUAAUCUCUGUAAUUAACAUAUGAUAAAAUGUACUUGUGUAACCAAAAUUUGCUGCAUACAUGUUUCAAACAUAUGAUUGUUAAUAAAGAGAGAAUUUUUCUUGAA